UAACUUCAACUGCAAAAUCUAUUGAGAGAAAUCUUAAGUCAGUAAAGUCACUAAUUGUCAUCAUAGACAAUGUCUACUGGAACACAUUUUGGAAUCAUCAGUCAAAUAAGAUCCACAACAAACUAGAAGAGCUGUUGGAUGAUGGUGAUGAUGAUGGAAUCAAAUUUGUUUUGGUUGUGGUUUGUAAAGUAAACAAGGACCUCCUGUCUUCUAUGCAUUCUCUCACCAUAGAAGACACUAAGAGUGAAGGAAAUGAUAAAUACCUUGAUCAUGGAUCAAAAACAUGUCAAAUGGUUGUAUCAAUGGAAAACAACAGUCCAGAAAGCAUCGAAACCCAAGCCAAACAAAUUGUGGACAAAUUCAACAAUCAAAAUUGUUCUAGUUCUUCAAAAGACCGAGUAGAUACUGUUACCCCUGUACAGACUCCAGUACAUGAAAGCAUGGAGCUGGAGUUUCCAGAAGUUCAGAAAGUGGAAAAUGUAAAUCAAGGGAAUGCCCCAGACCUCUCUGCAAAACCUGUAGAGUAUACUGACUCAAAGGAUUCUGGCAUUGAAUUUGUUGCCAGAACAAACACUAAUGACAAUGGGGAGAAGGAGAACAGUUAUCCCCUGAAAAAUCCCGGACUGUGUCUCUACAUUGGUUUAUUACAUUUUGAUGUUGAUUCUCAAGAGGUUGAGGUGUCUUUAGAGAACAGGCAUUCUUCUUCAAACGAGUUUAAGAAAAUGAGGGAUAGUUUUGAAAGGCUUGGAUGUUUUGUGAAAAAGAAACCCAACCCAACUGCUCAAGAAGCAAAGCAGUUUUUACAAGAAGGAAUUAAUUGGUGUGAGAAACUGAACCCAAGCUAUGUUGUGCUGAUUAUCAGUACACAUGGACAAGAGGUAUCCGAUCCUAUGAAAGACAAUAAAUCUGAGUCCACUGAGCAGCACCCAUCUGGGAUCAAUAUUCAAAAGAAACAAAGCAGGACUGAAAGGGUACAUCAGUUGUUCUUCAAUGAUGGAAGGUCACUCUUAACUAGAGACAUUGUCAGAAUGUUUGACCACAACAGUUGUCCAGCUCUUAAAGACAAACCCUGUCUUUUUUUCAUUCAGUCAUGCAGGAGCCGAUUUGGUUUAGAUGGUCAUGAAAAUUUUGAUCCUGGAGUGAUGGUCAAUGUGUUAACAGCAGAAGAGGAAAUCAAGGCUGGUCUAAAGCACCCUGAUUCUGUAGAAGCCUCAGGAGAUACCUCACAUAAGGAUACAACAGACGUUAAGAGAAGUAUCAGGAAGCAGACAGAGGAAGAAACACAGACCAGGUUAAUGCAAAUCCAGGAGUGGGAAAAAAGAGCAAAACUUGCAGUACUCCACAGACAUAUUUUGGAUUACAAAAAAUAUAUCAGGGAGCAUCCACCAAUCUCACCACAUGAAGAAGAGGGAAGAGAGGAGACAGCUACCAAGUUAUUUGAGACCUUACUUAAAGAAGGCUUCACAUUUGAUCAGGUGACAGAAAUAAAGCAGGAAUGUCACGGAUGUGAACAAGAGAUUCUGGAUUUCUUUUUCCCAGAGCCUAUAAUAAGUGAUCCACCACCCUGUGUCAACGACGCUUUAGUCAUGUUUGCCUCUGCUCCAGGAAAGGAAGCUUACAACAGGGAUAAACAAGGAGGAUGGCUGAUCACAAACUUAGAGGCUCAGCUGAAGGAAACUCUGAAGACGAAACCAGAAAAAAUUGAUCUCCUGGCAGAGCUGACCAAGGUCUCCCGGAGAAUAGCAUAUAAAUACGAGACAGAUACAGACGCCAUUAAGAGUAGUGGGCAUAAGUCAGUACCUUGUCUGUACCAUAGACUCAGCAGGGAUAUCAUAAUAUGGCCAGAGGAGAUUAGAAGGGCAAAGGAACUUCUUGAGAGUGACCAGAGUGGAGAAUAUGAGAAAUUUUUCCAAUGGUAGAAGUAAAAUUAGCAAAAAAAGAGAUGCCCAAAAACCAUCAUGAUGCAGAGAAGAAACAUUUGUAUUUUAUAUUAAUUUCUGACCAACAUUUUUGGAUUUUUUUACCAUGAAUUUACUGUAGGAGGGUGUAAUCAGGGUACAUGAAGUGACCUUACAACAAUAAGAAUUGAUGAAGUUUAAAUUUUUAAGUUUUGUCAAGACGGUAGAAACUUCAUACAUAGUGCAAAUGUACUAGAGGGUCGUCUGGCCCAUAAUCUUGUUAAGGUAGAAUAUUAGCAACUUUCUCUAGGCACAUAGCUACAUGUAGUUUAUUAUCAGGAGAUGUUAUUUGUCUACAACAACCUCAUU